AUUUGAAGAGAGGUGAAACAGCCGUGGAGACACGAUGUUUGAUUCACAUACAUGGAACUUCGCACACCUUUGCAACAACACAUGUUCUUCCAGAGCUUGCCAUUCUGAGAGAGUUGGGAAGUAAAACAAAAUUGCUGGAUGUGUGGAAACUUUGAUCCAAGCAGCUCGAAAUCAGCAAGACAGUCUGUCAAAACAACUUUGCUUUGCUAAAUGGAGGCAACUUCUUCAACUACAAAAAAUUCAGCACCAUGGACAGGUUAAAGCAGACACAGAUAUGGACACUGUUAUAGACCAUUAAGAAGAGGGCCACUGAAGUCAAGGAUACCAAGUGCCCUUUACAGACUUCAACACUAGAAACAAAGAGAUGGCACCAGGCAGCUAAGACGGGACUGCCACCCUUGAUCUGAAAGAAACCCGUUCCUUUGUAUGGAAGUCAUUCAGUGAAGUCGGCACUUGAAAGAUGAGUGCCAUGGGGACGAAGAUGAGGUAUUCCUUUGCAGAGGCCAUGAGGAGGCUGCUGUUCAUUGCAGAUCCCUCGGUGGUCCACUCUGUGAACUGCCACAAGAGUCAAAACGACAAAAGGGUUGUGAUCAACGUAAGUGGUAUCAAGUUUGAAACUUGGCGGACAAACCUGAGCCAGCAUCCAACAACGCUAUUGGGCAGCUGUGAGAUAGACUACUUCUUUGAUGAGAGAAACAACGAGUACUUUUUUGACAGAGACCCUCAUCUGUUCAGGUACAUCCUAAACUACUACAGUACAGGAGAACUUCACUUCCCCAAAUACGAGUGUCACGUUGCCUUCGAGAAUGAGCUGAAGUUCUACAGGAUUGUACCCGACAUGAUUCAAGACUGCUGCUUCGAGGAUUACCAGGACUACAAGGAUGCUGAAAAGGAAACGCUUUAUCCCGAGAGACAUAGCCCCAGCACUAAAGAAAAGGAUCCAGAAACUGAGGAUACAAAGAGAACUUUUAGAGAGAAUUUGUGGCAGAUGUUUGAAGAUCCGGAGAAAUCCGGAAUGCCCCAAGUGGCUCCAGCUUUCAACUACAUCAUUGGAUUUUUUGUAAUGAUAUCCAUCCUGGCCAACAUCAUUGAAACAGUGCCUGUACAAGAAACUGAUGGAGCCAAAAUUUCUUCAACACCAAUGGGUGAUAAGUAUAACCUGAUAUUCUCCUGUUUGGACACGGCGUGUGUGGCUAUAUUCACAGUGGAAUAUGUGCUAAGGGUAUAUGCUGCACCCAAGAGGGCACAGUUUGUCUCCAGUGGAAUGAGCAUCAUAGACCUGAUAGCUAUUCUGCCUUUCUACAUCGGACUGUGCCUCACCGACACCGGAAAUGUCAACGCCAUCUUCGUGACGCUGAGAGUCUUUCGCGUUUUCCGUGUCUUGAAGUUUUCCAGAGACUCAACAGGACUGCGCCUCUUGGGCUAUACGAUACGGAACUGCAUGAAGGAGCUGGGGUUCCUCGUCUUCUCUAUGCUAAUCGCUGUGGUGAUAUUCUCCACAUUCAUGUUCUACAUCGAGAAGGGCGUAGAAAACACAAAGUACACAAGUAUACCAGCCACGUUCUGGUACACUAUCGUUACCAUGACUACACUAGGUUACGGAGACAUGGUCCCUAAGACAUGGCUGGGAAAGACUCUGACUGGUAUAUGUUCCCUUAGUGGUGUUCUACUGAUCACCUUGCCGGUGACGGUCAUAGUCACAAACUUUAACCACGUCAUACAGAAGGCUGAGAGAGAGAAGAAGCUAGAAACUAUGGACAAGCACAUUUUCAACACAGGUAAGUUGUACAAUGCACCGCUGUUACCAACUGCACCUCAUGUCUGACCAAAGACAGUCUGCGGGAAGAGGAAGGUGGCAAGACACAAGUUUUCUGCAUUGCACAGUUUCACCUGGCUGGUCAACCACCUGGUACAGCCAACAGCUUCCAGUCAUGAGCCACUGUGACAGCAAAACACUUCUGUCCAAUUUUACAUAUUUGAGACCCUCUGCUAACCAUUUGUAUGUCCCCAUGAACAUCCAAAAUUAAUGAUGAUCGCCUCUAUAAACAAGGUAAAAUCAUUGAUAUUGUGAAAGGACAAAUUAAAACAGUGGGAAU